AUGGUCGAGAGUGGUGUCCCCCAGGGUUCAGUACUGGGACCCAUUUUGUUCCUUAUCUACGUGGACGAUCCCGCAAGAGCUUUAGACUGCGAAGUAGCAAUUUUUGCUGACGACAUGAAGAUAUGGAGUGUAAUUCGGGGUCCUGCCGACGAAAACAGACUGCAGAUGAACCUGAAUCGGUUGGAGGAGUGGUCAAACCGUUGGCUCCUGCGGUUCAACGUUGCCAAAUGUAGCAUACUUCGCCUAGGCCACUCAGCCAGAUCCGCCAGCACAAGAAACUACUUUCUGGGCGGUGCAGCCCUACAAAAGGUCAAAGCCCAAAAAGACCUCGGUGUGCUGACGACGGACAGAGGCCAGACAGGGGCCAGACUGGACACACGAAAGUUCUUCUUCUCCAACAGAGUGCUAGAAGCCUGGAAUGCCCUGCCUGUGGAUGUCGUUAUGUCUGCUUCCGUCGAGGUCUUUAAGAGGAAGCUGGAUUUGUGUUGCAGUGUCCACUAA